AUGGUCAGCAGCCACACUCUCGUCGCCGAUGAACGCCGGAUUGUUCAGGUUCUGGAAAUGAAACCCACUGAACUCUGCUUCCCAGGUACAAAGUAUGUUGGCUGGGACGAUGAUCAGGGGAAGGAGAAACUCAAACUUCGCUAUGGUGCACAACGCCCUCUCAUUUACCAAAAGAGGAGAGAUCUUAGUAGGCUCUAUCAAGGUAAUCUCUCCAUGGCUGCAUACUUCAAUAGAAUGCAGAGUUCGAAAGAUGAGCUGUCCUGUUUGGCACCUGUGCCUGUUGAUAGAAAUGAAGUUGAUUUGUAUCUCCACAACCUAGAAGCAAUUGAUUAUUUGAUGGGCUUAAAUGACAAUUUUGAUGCUGUAAGGAACCAAAUAUUGAUGAUGGAUCCUUUGUCGGAUGUAAACAAGAUAUAUGGUAUACUCUCAACUGUAGAGAAACAGCAAGAAGUACAUGAUAUGUUAAAGGAUCCUUCACCCACUGUGUUACUUGCUAACUCAAGAACCAGUGAAAGAAAGCUGGAUAAGUCAUUAAAAACGAAUUUGGUGUGUGAUCACUGCAAGAGAAAUGGACAUGUCAAAGCUGAGUGCUAA